AUGAGGCUGCUAGCAGAAUUCCCUAACCAGAGUAAUUGUGGCAGGGGCCAUAAGGAGAGAGAUAAUAACUUUUUUCAGCAGCUGACAAUCAGGAGGAUAGCAGCGUGUUACUCUCAAGAGAAAUUUAAUGCUACUUCAUAUGAUGCUGUGGCUUUUGUCAUCGUCACACUUCAGACAUUUGCUGGCUUGUGGAUAAAUGGUUUCAUUGUUUCUGUGCUCUGUGUUUCUUGUGUGAACAAGAAAAUCUUUAACUCUAUGGAGAAGAUUGUGUUGUUUCUGGGGUGCUGCAGGUUUGUGAAUUUUUGCAUCACAUGGGUGUAUUCAUUUCUUUCAAUGAUUUAUGCCCACUGCAUUUAUGUUCAUCCCAUGCCCCAAAUCUGUAGAAUCCUAACCUUUUCAUAUUUUUCCACUGUGUGGGUUUCUGCCUGUCUUUGUGUUUUUUAUUGUAUAAAAAUUACAAAUUUCUAGCACACUUUCUUCAUCUAUCUUAAGGUAAAAAUUGACAGGAUUGUGCCAUGUCUUCUGUUUGGCUCUGCGCUCAUGGGAAUCCUUGGCUAUAACAUUACUGACAGAACAUUAUUUAAAAACAUCAAUUCCACUGACACAAUAAUUUUUGGGACACUGAGUGUCAGAACAGAUGAGCAUAUAUUUAUUAUGUUUUUAAUCAGAGCCUUCAUAUCAGCCACUGCAUUCAUGACAGCCAUCUUUUCUACCCUUCUCCUCCUCUUUUCUCUCUGGAGACACCAGCACUGGAUGCAGGCAAACUCAAUGAGGAACCUCAGCAUGGAUGCCUACAUCAAAGCCAUAAAAUCUAUUCUGUUCUUCAUCUGCAUUUACAGCAUCAAUUUCACUGGAUUCAUCUUGAUAUUAAUUGAUUCCACAACAAAAAAACAUAUUCCAUUUUUUCUCAUUUUAAUACUUCACUAUGCUCUUCCAGUUUUUCAUUCCCUUAUUCUGAUUUUCAGCAAUCCCAAACUGGAAAAGACAUUUUUAAGGACUCUGUCCUUUUUGAAGUGGAAGCUUUUAAAGGAUUAG